AUGGGCACCCGGCAGACCAAGGGCAGCCUGGCCGAGAGAGCCAGCCCCGGCGCGGCGCCCGGCCCCCGCCGCGAACGGCCCGACUUCUGGGCGUCGCUGCUGCUGCGCGCCGGGGACAAGGCGGGGCGCGCGGGCGCCGGCGCGGGGCUGCCCCCUUACCACCGGCGCGUCGGCAUGGUCCAGGAGCUGCUGCGGAUGGUGCGUCAGGGCCGGCGGGAGGAGGCGGGGACGCUGCUGCAGCACCUGCGCCAGGACCUGGGCAUGGAGUCGACCUCUCUAGACGACGUUCUGUACCGCUACGCCAGCUUCAGGAACCUGGUGGACCCCAUCACACACGACCUCAUCAUCAGCCUGGCCCGCUACAUCCACUGCCCCAAGCCGGAAGGCGAUGCGCUGGGCGCCAUGGAGAAGCUAUGCCGGCAGCUGACCUACCACCUGAGCCCCCACUCCCAGUGGAGGCGGCACCGAGGGCUGGUGAAGAGGAAGCCGCAGGCCUGCCUCAAGGCUGUCCUGGCUGGGAGCCCUCCAGACAACACUGUGGACCUGUCCGGCAUCCCGCUGACCUCCCGGGACCUGGAGCGGGUGACCAGCUACCUGCAGCGCUGCGGGGAGCAGGUGGACAGCGUAGAGCUGGGCUUCACGGGCCUCACUGACGACAUGGUCCUGCAGCUGCUGCCCGCGCUCAGCGCGCUGCCCCGCCUCACCACGCUGGCGCUCAAUGGCAACCGGCUGACCCGGGCCCUGCUGCGUGACCUCACUGACACCCUCAAGGACCCCAGCAAGUUCCCCAAUGUCACGUGGAUCGACCUGGGCAACAACGUGGACAUCUUUUCAUUGCCGCAGCCCUUCCUGCUCAGCCUGCGCAAGCGCUCCCCGAAGCAGGGCCACCUCCCCACCAUCCUGGAGCUGGGCGAGGGCCCCUGCGGUGGGGAGGAGGCCCGGGAUGGGACAGUAGACCAGGAGGACCCUGGGGGAGGCCCUCUGGAUCCUGCCAAAGACCAUGAGGGCAGGGAGACUGUAGGUACAGUUCAGACAUGACACAGAAGUGGGGAUCCUCACCAGGGAGUCCCGGUGGGGUAGGAGGACUGAGGCAGGCUAGGGGGCCCCCCACCAGCAGCCUCAGGUAAUCACCCAAAAUUGGCCUGGACAACCCCACUCACCGGAGCCAGACUGUAGCAUCUGGGAAGGGGGCUGUGCAAUACUGUUCCAGUCCUCUCACUUCCCCCUCUUGUCAACCUCCUCUGCCUUUUGGCUCCUGAGAAGUCAUGUAUGGCUCAAGUCCCCAGAUUUGUGGGUGGUCUUGUAUGGAGAGGAAUGCUUGAGCUACUCUAGGUCAGAACUUAACCCCAGGCAGGGAGUGAUAUUCCCACCCUACAUCUAACCCAGUAUUUUGGGAUGGAACCUUUUUCCCUGCCCUAACACCUGGCCAGGAGUCUGGAGUAGUGGCACUGACCAGCUCCCCAAAGACUCAAGAACCUAGUCCCCAUCUGAGGUGGUGGUCUAUCUCCUCCCUGUGAAGCCCUGAGGAACCACUUCUCAGUCUCAGCCUCCACUUGAGCCCACACCUCCCCCUGGGGUCCCAGGCCCUAUCCCUGGGACCAGCCCGAGUACCCUUCAACAGACCAUCCCAAGAUGCCUACAUACAUGGCAUAUGCCCAAAAAACCCCCCAACCCAGACUACCAGACCUUCACUAAGGUUUCAGUGUUCCAAGUCAAGAGUACUUCCCUUGAAAAGGAUUUUAAAAACCUUUUCCUGUUGCUUGUGGAGUCCCCCAGAAAGUCAUCAGGGAUACUAGGCUCACUCCCAAAAACCUUCUAAUAAAAAACUCAAGACCAUGAAAAUGAGGUCAGACUUAACUUUUGGCAGAUCUAGAGCCUCCCAGCAAGACAGCCAGGAGAUGGGGCUGAACUGGGGGUUCCUUGAAUGGUUCUCACAUCUCCCCCUUAAUACUACCAGCUAAAAAUCCCUUCUAGGCACAUUAAGCCCUAAAACCAAGGAAAAGACUUGAAGUUCAGGGAUACUGGAGACCAACCUUCUUUUUAACCUGAGAAAUUUACAGAUGCCCAUGGUGGUGAGCAGAGCACAGGCAAACAGCAGACAGUUGAGAAGCAUGGCCUGUCAAGCCUCUAGCCCAGUGACAGGUAGGUGAGAUCCCAAUUCAGGAAGGCACCAAGACGGGCUACGUAUAAAGCCACACUAUGGGGACCCUGCCUGCCACUGCCCAGAUGUUUGGACGAAGCACAGUGCAGAGCUUCGGGAGGUAGGCAGCUAUGCAAAAGGACACAGCCCAAAGUGCUUUGGAACUUUUACCCUCCAAGUCUGAAGUUGUUAGAAGGGAAACAGCUUAGGCUGACCUUGGAGAAGGUACA